UAUUACCAAACCCUAGACUUCUUAUCUAAUGAAAUCAAACGCCGAGACUUGCACGGUCCGAGUGGCCGCCGUCCAGGCUGAGCCGGCGUGGCUUGACCUCUCCGCGACCGUCAAGAAGACGUGCGAACUCAUUUCCACUGCAGCCUCAAACGGUGCCAAGCUCAUCGCGUUCCCUGAAUGUUGGAUCCCAGGGUAUCCUUGUUGGAUUUGGGCUCGUCCCGUCGACGCGACUUUAGGGGUUCGCUACAUACAAAAUUCGCUGCGUAUCGACUCGCCCGAAAUGGAGACCAUUUGCGCCGCAGCGGCAGAGCACUGCAUAUCCGUGGUAUUGGGCUUCUCCGAGAAUGACGGCAAUUCGCUUUACAUCUCACAAUGCACUAUCUCUGGUGAAGAUGGGAGUAUUCUCAUGAAGCGGAGGAAGUUGAAGCCUACACAUAUGGAACGGACGGUCUUCGGGGAUGCGUCUGGCAGCAGCUUACUCAAUGUUGUUGAUCUUCCAGGUGUGGGCAAAGUCGGUGCUCUAGCUUGUUGGGAGCAUAUACAGCCACUCCUCAAGUAUCAUACAUACCUUCAGCAAGAGGAGAUACACGUCAGCGCAUGGCCAUCGCUUGAUGCACACAUCCCCGGAGGCCCCGGACUAUGGGGCAUGAGUCGCGAAGGGUGCAUCGGACAGUCACAGCAGUAUGCGGUCGAAGGCGGCGUAUUCGUGAUUCAUAGUACGGCUGUGAUAUCAGAAAAGGGAAUAAAGGAGAUGGACACAACAGCGGCCCCCAUUUUCAACAAGCCAGGCGGGGGCAGUUCCGCAAUCUUUGGGCCAGAUGGGAGGCGACUGACUGAGGAGCUGCCUGAGACUGAAGAGGGCUUGGUAUAUGCAGAUCUUGAUAUGACAAAGAUUCUCGCCGUGAGGAUGUUUGUUGAUGCGGUUGGCCACUACAGUCGGCCUGAUAUGCUCUGGCUUGGUGCAGAUGUUAGAGAGCGC